CAGUACUAUUUCACUGCACCAGGAGGAGGUGAACACAGAAAGAAAGAGAUCAGGAUCACUGCAGAAGAGCUGCAACAUCAAUACUGCAUUCAGCAGCAUCGGCACAGCUAGCAAGGACAACAUUAAGACUUGGAUUUGUCUGCUGGAGAGAAAACAGAUCCUAGAAAAGAAAUUUCCACUGAUGAUCACAAAAAGGAAAAUAAAGCCAGAUCUAUUGGAGGUCAAGCUGGUUACAUCCUGGCAUUGAAUGGGGAUUAAUACAAGCAGAGCAAUGCAACCCCCCUGUCACAACAGACUGAUCCACUUUCACCAGCGUUUAUGAAUCAGCCUGUGAAUAUUUACUACACUGUCAUUUUUUUGCUGGGAGGAGCUGUACAAACUGCAAUUUGAUUUUGUAUUUUUCUUUUAUUAUUUUGUUUUUUCUGGUACUGGUAUUCGAGGUAGAACAAUUAUGGAUUUACUUUAACUGUGAUCUUUCUACUGCAAUGGUGCAAGUUUAGGAAGCCUGGGGAUUGUGUACAUUAGAAUUGCUGGUAUUGCAGAAGUGUUGUGUUCUGAAGCUGUGUACUACACCGCAGUAUUAUUCUAAUUAUUUUUGCUGGCAGUUUAUUAAUAUAAAGACCCUGGGAAAUGGCUACUCUCUUAAGAAAAAUAGGACUUAUUCGUCUGCAUGACAGGGAAACUGAAGACCCCAAGCAUUCCCAUCACCGCAGCCAGCAAGGGUCACUGAAGUGUAGCAAGGGAAAAAACAGCAGUAACAAGCAGCUGCAAGGGGGAUCAGCUGGAGGAGGAGGGGGUGUUGGUGGUGGGAGCAGUGGAGGUGGAAGUGGCGGAUGCUCCAGUAAUAACACGCAGACCACUGAAGGCAUCAUUGGGCAGGCUGAGAUCAAGGGCAAAAAGGUAGAACAGUGCCACAAGGACAAGCAUGGUACUGCUGGUGGUAAGGAGAAAAACAGUACCAAAGAGACUAGUACUCCAACUAUAACUAAGGAAUCCAAACACCAAGGUGUUGGUGGUGGUGGUGGUGGUGUUGUUGUUGGUAAUGGAGGGACAGGUAAUAAGCAAGGUGGCGGGUCCUCCCUGCAGCCCCUGGUGCCCCCCAACAGGCAGCACUGCACCCAGGUGAGGAGCAGGAGGCUGAUGAAAGAGCUCCAAGACAUCCGCAAGCUAAGUGACCACUUUAUCUCAGUGGAACUGGUGGAUGACAGCCUCUUCGACUGGAAUGUAAAGCUACACCAGGUGGAUAAGGACUCCACCCUGUGGCAGGAUAUGAAGGAAACCAAUACAGAAUGUAUCCUGCUCAACCUCACUUUUCCGGACAACUUCCCUUUCUCGCCCCCAUUCAUGAGGGUGCUCAGUCCUAGGCUAGAGAAUGGCUAUGUGUUGGAUGGUGGGGCCAUCUGCAUGGAGCUUCUCACCCCCAGAGGAUGGUCCAGUGCCUACACGGUGGAGGCAGUCAUGAGGCAGUUUGCAGCUAGCCUGGUUAAAGGGCAGGGCCGCAUCUGCAGAAAAGCCGGAAAGUCUAAAAAGGCCUUUAGCCGCAAGGAAGCGGAAGCAACAUUUAAGAGUUUGGUGAAGACCCAUGAGAAGUAUGGCUGGGUCACCCCACCAGUGUCGGAUGGCUGACACCAAGAAAACCAACAAAACAGACUUCUAAUAAGGGGGAAGAGAACAAACUCACUGGAAAAAAAGAAGAAAAAUACGAAUAUAUUUAAGAGAAAAAAAAAAAGAUCACUAUGCCAUUUUCUCAGUGCUGUACAUCAUCCAUUCAUUCGUCCUUUUCUACUUCAGCUUCAGUUUAUUAACAUGAUUGACAGAAAGACUUUAUCUAUGUUGAAAUUUGUUUACAAAAGAAGACAAAGAAGGAAUAGAAUGUUUGGGGGGGGGGGGGGGAAUAAUGUUGUUACAAUCAUGUUUCCAGACUGAUGAGCGAUCAUCUUCAGGUCACUGUAGAGUGGGGAUUGAGAUUGCUUCAUUUGUCCAUUCUAGACGCAUGAUUUUUCGGCUUCUUUCCAUGACUGCAACACCAAAAAGCAGCAGUGGAAAUUCCAUCUGUAACCGCUUGGUUUAUUUAAAUGUUGAUGAAGCCGUUAAUAUUUAAUAGGCAAGCAGUGCAUUUCAGGUACAUGUUUGCUGUGCUGUUUAUCUUUGUCUAUUUUCCUGGCAGGUCAACACGACUUUGAAAAUUUGUCUUUAUGUGGAGCUGUGGUCCGCUGUGACUCAAAAUAUAGACCUCAUCUGUGUUCGAUGUGAUCUGUGUUGGAUAACUGACGAAAUAUAACAGUGGGAAAAAAAAUAAUAAAAAGUUAUAGUGUGGAGCUAUUGUAAAAAUAAAAAAAAAAUCACCUAAAA